UCAGUGUCAGCGCUGUGCCUCAUUUUGAUCAGAGAUACUUUUUGUGGCUGAGCCAAAGAAUAUUGAAGAGGGGGUGUGGGCAGGACUGUGAGGUGGAUCAGGUCUAUGCCCAAGGACCUAACGAAGUUCACGUCCUGUCGCCGUUUCUGAGGAGAUUUUCAACUCUUUUCAGCAGCUUCUUAUUAAGGCAUAUUAUGUUGCAGCGCUGCAGUCGCUUCAGUAACCAGAUCAGUCUUUAAUCAGCGUUUCAGCAUGAGAGAGGUGGAUUGUUUGGUUGUUGCAUACUCAAAAGGGAGAUGGGAAUCUGGUCUUUGCGGAUUCGUUGCUCAGUCGGUUGUUUGCCAAGACAAGCUGAGAUUGUUUUGUUUAGAGCAGACGUUUUUGUUUCCCUUGGUUAUUGCAUGUGUUUGUUCUGUGAAUCCUGCGCCGUCCCGCACUGAGCGUCCUGUCUGGCAGGCAGAUGUGAGGAAAACAAGUCUCACCGAGAUGAGAAACAGGAGAUGCCGUGAAAUCGUCCUGUGCCCAGCUGGCUUUUCAGGAAUGUCGUGUUGAUAAACAGGCCUGCACUUCUUCUCCCUGUCAGCGUUUUCUGAUGUUCGGGUCUGGUGUGUCACUGAUCUGUGUUUCUGCCUCUCGCUUUCUCACUGCCUGAUCAUCCUGCAGAGGAGUAGCUUGGAGCUCUGCUGGAGCUUGGAAAUUUCCGUAAAGCAAUCCGUGUCCAGUGUUUGGGCUGCGUUGGAGUGGGCUGAGGGUUGGUGUGUGGGUAGGGUCGAGAAGCAAAGAAACAGACGGGCUCAGCAUUUGCUUCCAGUUUCUGGAUCAGGACUCUUCAUGUCCCUGGAUGCAGGAGCUCCGCCGGUAAUGGAAACCCCACUUUCUCAUCUUCUUCUGCACUCUGAGAACCUGCUUCGCUGUGAGGGCGUGAACAACCAGACCUACUUCUGUGAGGCUGGACACUGCUGUGGAGAAUCCCAGUGCUGUAGUUACUAUUAUGAGCUGUGGUGGUUUUGGCUGGUGUGGGCCAUCAUCUUCAUUUUAAGCUGCUGCUGCGUGUGUCACCAUCGCCGCACCAAACACCGGCUGCAGCAGCAACAACGGCAGCACGAGAUCAACCUCAUCGCCUACCGGGAGGCUCACAACUACCCGUCCGUGCCCUUCUACUUCAGGUUUCUGCCCAACUACCUCCUUCCCGACUAUGAGGAGGUGGUUAACCGGCCGCCGACUCCGCCCCCGCCUUACACCGCCUUACUGACAGGACCGUCCUCGGUGGCUUCCAGCCCCCUAAAUCCUGAGCAGCAGGACGGCCACUGUUCCACCGUCCAGCCCCCCCCAGGCCCUCCCACCUCGGACAGCCUGUGCUGCCGACCCACGGAGGAGCCGCCCCCCGUCUCUUUGGACUUCACGCCGAAGGCUGAAGGGAAACGCGUGCAGACCGCAGAAAAUGCAGACACGAUACUACGAGGGGGGGGGCUCGGCAUGGAGCGGCUGUCCAGCCAGGGGGUGAAGGGGGACAGCGAGGAAGAUUGCAGGGACCCGCUGAUGAAGGACUUCAGUCUCUCAGAGGACAAGGAGCGCCUCCCCAACGGCAGGAGGAGGCGCUUCACAGGGGACUCCGGGAUUGAGGUGUGCGUGUGCGGCACGCGCGGAAGCGGCGUCUGCGGGGGGGCCGGAGGGACUGGCCAGGAAUGCAAGGAGUUGAGGGAGCUGGAGAGCCUGCUGGGACAGGACGAAGGAGACGACGACGAUGAGGAGGGGGGGGAGGGGUCCGGGGACUUCUGCGACAGCUGUGGUCAUGGAGCCUCGCUCCGGGGGGAGGACGACCCGCCGCCUGGGGCUCCAGACAGGGGUCCGACGGGCUCUCCUUUGCCCCCUGACCACCCAGGCGGGAGUCCGCUCCAGGAACCCGUGUGCCUCCUCCUGCACACCAUCAAUGAGCAGGAGGGAGGGGCCCCCAGCAGCAGCUUGGAGGGCUGAAGGGGCCCCUCUGUCUGAGGGACUUAUUGAUUCUUUUUAUGAGCAUGCCCCCCCAACGCACCGCAGCAGUGGCCUUAAUCUGUGCAGUUCUGCUUCAUUUGGGGGGAGCCGUGGAGCUUACCCCCACCGCACACUCGCAGAUCUGCAUCAGUUCCGUCAUUUACCACAAGCAGCAGUUGAGACUUCAGUCCUGGGGGGGGCAGGAGCCCUCAAAGGCUGUUCCUCGCUGCCACUGAACUGUUGAAGAUCAUGCACAGCAGGAUCAUUUUGGGAGGGGGGGAUGCAGCAUGGAGCUCCUCUGCGGUCAUGCGACUGAUACUGUACUAGAUGUGCAAGGACAUCAUGCCGGGGGGGGGGGGGGGGGGGGGGGGGGGUACAUGCUUGUAAAUAGCUUUUCAGUGAUUAAAAACCGCUCUGCCUGGAGGUUCACAUCCUUUGACGAGUCGGAGCGCGAGCACUUCCUGUUUGCACAGUUUUUGUAGAAGUUGUAGCAGAAAACCCCCCCCAACUUUGUUUCCUGAGUCAUCGGGACCGUCGGAGCAUCAGCCAGUGAGGCUCCCAGAUGCUGAGAUUUUUACCCUGAUAUGAUGAUUGUAGCUCAUGCCUGAAAAACCCGACUGUGCUGGAACAAUCAGUGAAACUGAAAAAGCAGCUGCCAAAAACAGGAAUGUUAAUCUUCUUAGAGAUUAAACGGAAAAGGGCGAGCGACUUCAGACCUCGUACUUGCGUGUCAGUCUCUUUCAGCAAGUUUCCACGCUCACCAGCUUUUACUUGACUUGAGACCAUCUGUACUCGCAGUUUUCCCAUGAACCUCCUUGACUGCUGCCUUACAAUGGACCAGUGAGCGACGCUGAAAUGCAGCUCAGCUGGUUUUAAGGAAAGUUCUGGUUUUCUUCAGCUCUUCAUGUUCAGUUAAAACAGCGCAACGUUCUGUAGAAGACAAAAAGAAACCCCGUUAAUCCUCACUUACUCCAGCACGACGACAAGCAUCCAAGAGGGCAAUCUGCUAAAGAUGCAAAGGUUUGGAGGCUCCCAUCUGACCGACUUCUUUUGUUUGCACAGCAGAAGAUUAGAAUUCUUCAAAAAGUGGAAAAAUGUGCUAAUGUUUGGUGCAAAAUGAGAUUAAAACGAUGUGAUAAUUAAUCUGCAAUUAUUCUGCAUUGAAACUCAGGAGAGACGCUUCAGGCAUGAGGCUUUCUUUACUCACUUUGACUCCACAUCCAAAGUUUCUGAGCUGGUCUUGAAUGCAUCACAGAUGCGUUCUGCUGUCAGUCAUUUAGAUUUCCAAUUGGAACUGUGUUGAAAGCAAACAGCCCCCCCAGCCGUGUGCACACGCAGCCUCUGCUGGAGUUUUCCUCCCGAGUCAAACGGGUUAAAUGGAUUUCUGCUUCCAUUCCCUGGGGAACAUCUCUUAACUCCUCUUCAGUCUAAAUGUCAGCUUCCUCCUGGAAAAGUGAGCUGCGUGGUUACUAUAGUUUUCAUCCAUUAUGGCCUAAAUACACUCUGAAGUGCUUUAGAUAGAAAUGCUUUUGUAAACUCAAAAAAGUGUACUUGGAAACUUUUAGUUAAGGAGCUCUUUUUCAUAUCAUUCAUUUUAAAAUUGAAAGGGUUUAUAUAAAGAAUGAAGAAACCACUUUAUAUUUGGAAGUGCUGUACGAUAUUCUGUAGCUUUAUUCUGAACCAAAAUGUGUUUUUCAUCUCUUUUUAAAGGAAAUCAUUAGCGAUAUUAGUACGAACCGUUUUGGGUAUUAAGUUCUACUUUUGAGGAAAGAGUUAAACUUUUGUUAAGAUUUUAAUCUGAGGUUGUUUGAAGGGUUAAUCCUACUAACUGUAUACGUUUGUAAAGAUAUUGGCUGAUUUUGCCAAAGACACUUUGUUAUGGUUUGUGCUUUUGCACAAACUUGUUUGAAUGUUUCGAUCAUAAGCCAUUCAUUGUAAGAUGGAUGUAUGUUCAAUAAACAUCGGAUUUACACAAAC